UCAUUUUGGCUGCUGGGGUGUGUUCAUCGCGGCAGUGGUUCCAGAGCGAGGGGUUGAGUCCCUGAGCGGGAUCCAGAAGAAGUCGGAGGGGGUGGUCCACACUCCACAAAAGAGCGCCUGAGGCUCGUCCGCGGCGCCGCCCGAGAUGGUCUGCACCGGGGCCGGGAUAAAAACCGCCGUCCCGUUCCGCCCGAGGCCCGGAUGGCGGCGGCCGCGCUGAGGCUCCCGGCUGAGAUAUAAGCAGUGAGUGCUGUACACUCAUCACUAGACUACAUUCCAGACCUUUCUAGGAAGCCAGAGGCAGCACCCUGAUCCCGGAGGUUCCACUGUGGCCACCUAAGUUGGAGGCCUGUGGAACUGCAAGAACAUCAUCACCCAGAGAAGCCUGUGCAGAGUGACAAGAGCGUGGAGCCAAUGAAGGUCCAUGACUGCCCGCAUCUUCCUUGUGGUUGCUCCUUGUUCGGAGACUCUGGAUGUGACGACCAGACAGAGAAGGCGGGGCAGGAGCCAUUGUCCUUCUGGUACAGAGAGCAAUGGCAGUGGCCACACUGAGGGGCCUGGCUGAGGGCCGUGUGACCUUUGAGGAUGUGGUCGUUUACUUCUCCUGGGAGGAGUGGGGCCUCCUGGACGAGACUCAGCGAUGCUUGUACCAUGACGUGAUGCUGGAGAACUUUGCCCUUGUGACCUCAUUGGGCUCCUGGUAUGGAAUGGAGGAGGAGGCGCUUUCCAUGCAGAGUGUUUCUGUAGCACAGAUGUCACAAGGCCAGACUCCAAAUUCCGACCCAGCCAUUCAGGAAGCUCACCCCUGUGAGAAGUGCGUCCUGGUGGGGAGAGACAUUUUGUACCUGACUGAGUACCCAGGAUCAUCACAUCCUGGCCAGAAAUCACACACCUGCGAGGCCUGCGGCAAACCACCCUGGUUCAGUCCAAACCUACACCACAAACACAAUGAAGAGAAGCCUCUUGAACGGGAUAUGGACGCAGCCUCCGUUGUGACAAGCUGCAAAUUCCACGUGUCAGGGAAGCCCCUUGCCUUCACUUGCGGGGCAGUCGGGAAGGACUUCCUAGCCAUGUUGAGUCUUCUCCAGCAUCAGGCAACUCUGAAAGGGGCAAAGUCACCGAGCAUUUUCACAUGUGGGGAUAGGGAAGCCUUUCAUAGUGGGAGGAAUCGUUACAUAUGCAGUGACUAUGGCAAACCACUCGGCUAUGAAUACAAACUUUUUCAGCAUCAGCAGCUUCACCCUCAGAGUCAUGACUGUGAUAAUUAUGAGAAACCUUUUAACCAAAGCUCCCCCGUUAGUGAUUGCCAGAGACCUGACACGGGAGCGAGGCCUUAUCAGUGCAACGAGUGUGGGAGAUCCUUCAGCCAAAGCUACCACCUCAUUCAGCACCACAGAAUUCACACUGGAGCCAGGCCUUACAAGUGCAGUGAGUGUGGGAAAGCCUUCACUUACAAACUGAGACUUGUUCAGCACCUGCAAAUUCACAAUAGAGUGAAGCCUUAUGAGUGUGGAGAGUGUAGAAAAUCUUUCAGCUACAGCUCCACUCUCAUUAAACACCAGAGAGUGCACACAGGAGCCCGGCCUUACAAGUGUGCUGAGUGUGGGAACUCCUUUAGUCAGAGCUCCAACCUUGUCCAACACCAGAAAAUUCACAAUGGGGCGAGGCCUUAUAAAUGUAGUGAAUGUGGAAAAUCUUUCAGCUACAAGUGCAAACUUGUUCAGCACCUGCGGAUUCACACUGGCGAAAGGCCUUAUGAGUGUGGGGAUUGUGGGAGGUCUUUCAGCCACAGCUCCACCCUCAAUCAACACCGGAGAAUCCACACUGGAGCCAGGCCUUACAAGUGUGGUGAGUGUGAGAAAUCCUUCAGCCAAAAGUCCAACCUCAUUCAGCACCAGAGAGUUCACACAGGAGAAAGGCCUUAUGAGUGUGGGGAAUGUGGGAAAUCCUUUAGCCAGAGCUCACACAUCAUUCAACACAGAAAGCUUCACACCAGAUAACCUCAUGAAUGUGCAAUGGCUUGGACAGACUUUUCAGCCACUGCUCUGUCAAAUUCAACAUGACACCUUAACCCAGAGAUAGUUUAAUAAUGAAUGUCAUUUGGCCCCAGAAAGUCCAUGUAGAAGAAAAGCCUGAGACCUGCCUCAGGGAACAUACUACUUUUUUAUUAGGAAGUUCUCUGCUUGAAGUUGGACUUGAUGCAUCUCAUUGUCUACAGUAGGGAAAUUCUGUGCGCCCCCCCCCCCCAAGAGCUCCUCAUGCACCAGAAGAAUUUUGUAGCCUUGUGUAUUCUACCUUGCUGGUUCCUUGCCUGAACUCAUUCCGCUGCCACGAAGCCUUCUCACUUCUAUAGACCACCUCAGCCGGGGGGAGAACACACUACCUCCUUUCUGACUAGGGCAUAACCUGGACCCAAUUUUGUUAGCCAAGAUCAGGCUGGAUAAUGGUAGCUUGCAUUCUUCCAGCUCUGGUCUAAUUUGCAUUGCUUCUAAAGGCCACCUAAGAAUGAUUUAGAGCACUUUGUGGUCCUCAUUUAUACGCUAGAUGUUAGCCCAGAGAAGGAGGGUAAAACUUGUGACAGCCUCCAGUGCUGCUGGCAAGUAUAUUGGUUCCCUUUUCCCAGGAUGUCACAUCAUAUGCCAAGCACUAUGGGGGGGAGCGGUUUCCUAGGUACCACAAAAGAAUCAUGUGCCUUUCAUGUCUAGAGUCAUCUGCUGUUAAGUGGGUGUAAGACUGCACGGGCUGGACUAGAACUAAUUUGUAUCGAAACACUGGUUGAGACCGGCAACUAGGGAGGGUGUACCCUCCACACAUUGCAGUGACCUGUAGUUGAGGCCAUUGUCAGCAAAUACAGUCUUGGUUAUUAGUGUCUACACUGUUCAUCUGAAUAUACUGCUGCAGAGGCAAGAAUGACAGCAGGAGGGAGACUAGGGAUGUAGCUUUUGUGACCCAGCCAAGUGAUUGUCAGGGAAUACUGACCAACAAGAUUGGGAGUAUUUCCUGCUACUGAGAAAGGACUAUACUUCCCCCAAAAGCAUGAGUCAACAUUUCUAAGCCUGUUUGCGGGGGGUAAUUUAGGGGGGUCCAGACUUCCAUAUGAGUGAUGCUGUGGAACAGCACUUCUUAGUUGUUUACUUUUGGGCAUGCAUCCAUAAAAUGAUCAACAUUGAAAUGAACAACUAUGAAGUCUCAUUCACCUUGUGUCCUUUUAAAAUCUCCCUCUGUCCUCAUGGCAACUAGGGACUGAUGUUUCACAGAUUUUGUAUUUUAUAAAACUUUAUGAGUCAAAUCAUAAAGCACUCAAAGGUCUUAAAUUUCUAUUUCAAGCUCAUUACUUUUGAGGUUCAUACGUGUCACUCAUGAAAUACUUUAUUCCUUCUAUUGAAUACUAUAUGAAUGUACACAAAUUGUUUACAUUUAAAUCUGUCAGUGGAGGACAUUUGACUUGUUUCCAACUUUGAGGUUAUUACAAAUGCACGUCCUCCAAGAAAUCAACUAUUCCAGCCACUCAUGCAAUGAGAGUUUCCCCCCCAAUUCUCCCUUUUCUCCAAAACAGCGCCUCCCAUUUUCCUUCCCCACCAUAACAUUCCUACCCAAAUUACAAA